ACAAUCAGCUUUUCGGAAGACAGCCCUCGUACGUAAUCUGGAAAUUUCGAAUUGCGCGCUCACCCCUCGUGCCGGUACUCUCUCCAAGAAGGCCGACGGCCGCUGGACACUACGGUCUGGCGUGAACGUUUCCUGAGCUCGUGGUUGAUUGUGCGGAAAAUUUUAUUGUGAGGAUCAACAUGUGCGAAAAAACGGGUGAUAUCGCUCUGAUAGGUUUGGCCGUCAUGGGUCAAAACCUCAUCUUGAACAUGAACGACCACGGAUUCACGGUUGUCGCUUACAACCGGACUGUCUCCAAGGUCGAAGAUUUUCUGAACAAUGAAGCCAAGGGAACGAAAAUCAUCGGUGCCGCGAGCCUAAAGGACAUGGUCAACAAAUUAAAGAAACCUCGUCGUGUCAUGCUGCUUGUAAAAGCUGGAUCGGCGGUCGAUGACUUCAUCAAACAGCUUCUGCCUCUCCUCGAACGCGGUGACAUCAUCAUCGAUGGAGGGAACUCCCAGUACGAGGACACCGAAAGACGCGUGAAGGAGUGUAAAAGUCAGGGGAUUUUGUUCGUUGGCUCCGGUGUAUCCGGCGGGGAAGAAGGGGCUCGUUAUGGACCUUCUCUCAUGCCUGGUGGGGACAAAGACGCCUGGCCUCACAUAAAAGCCAUCUUCCAGGGCAUCGCCGCAAAGGUGAAUGACGCGAAGGAUCAGAACAUAGUCGAGCCGUGUUGUGAUUGGGUCGGUGACGGAGGAUCAGGUCAUUAUGUGAAGAUGGUUCACAAUGGUAUAGAGUACGGCGAUAUGCAGCUUAUCUGUGAGGCGUACCAAAUCAUGAAGAGCGCUCUUGGUAUGACUCCGGAUGAGAUGGCCGAUGUUUUCGAGGAGUGGAACAAGGGGGAACUUGAUUCUUUCCUCAUCGAGAUCACCGCAAAAAUCCUCAAGUACAAGGAUACCGAUGGUCUCCCUCUCGUCGAGAAGAUUCGGGACACCGCCGGGCAAAAAGGCACUGGUAAAUGGACGGCAAUCGCCGGACUCGACAAAGGGAUCCCGGUGACACUGAUCGCGGAAUCUGUAUUCGCUCGCUGUCUGUCUUCAUUGAAAUCUGAUCGACUCGAAGCGGCUAAGCUGCUGAGAGGACCAGCGGACGCGCGAUAUCAUGGGGACAAGGCUCAAUUCAUCGAGCAUAUACGGCAAGCCCUGUAUGCAUCGAAAAUCGUUUCCUACGCUCAGGGUUUCAUGUUAUUUCGGGAAGCCGCUAAAGUUUACGGUUGGAGUUUGAACUACGGAGGGAUCGCGCUCAUGUGGCGAGGCGGCUGCAUCAUCCGCAGCCGUUUCUUGGGCGACAUAAAGAACGCCUUCGACAAAAACCCAGGAUUGACGAAUCUCCUCCUCGACGAGUUCUUUACGGAAGCCAUCCACCGAUGUCAAAGUUCGUGGAGGACAGUCGUAGCCACGGCAGUUCAACUCGGAGUCCCAACUCCCUGCUUCUCGACAGCGCUGGCCUUCUACGACGGUUUCCGCUCGGAGAGAGUUUCCGCCAAUCUCAUACAGGCGCAACGAGAUUUCUUUGGGGCUCACACCUACGAACUGGAAAACGCUCCCGGAAGCUUCGUCCACACUAAUUGGACUGGAACUGGAGGAAACGUAGCCUCAUCGACGUACAAUGCCUAAGCCGCUGGGCCGGCGCAACCAGUCGAGGAAAUUUUCCUUGGCGGACCGCUCGUUUAUGAUGCUUCCCGUUAUAGGAGGAGAUCUUCACUUGGCGACUCAGUGCUAUGUUGUUCGCUGUACCGGAAUCACACAUAGAACAAACUGUAAAAACUUGCCACACUCUCGACUUCGAAUAAAAGUAUUUUUCCAGUAAUUCCAA